GCGGUCUACUCGCCUGGUCAUAUUUGCUUUUACUCGCUACUACCCAUGAAGCCGAUUCGUAUUCUGCUCGCGCUGUUGCCUCUUGCGACGAUGGCCAAGACGGUGCCGGACUGGCAAGUGUGCAACUCGACCUCGGACACGUGUGCGUCGAAGGGCUGGAUGUGCUGCGUCGCCGCCGACACCCCCCACUCGAAAACCAAAACGUGUCGCUCGGGUGCCUCGCAGUGCCUCUCGUCCGUCCCCAAGUCGUUUGCGGGUGCCAACAGCUACUUCCUCCAUACGCUCGUCGAUAGCGACCGGCGCGAGGUCCUCGACAAGCUCAAGGCGAGCGGCUUCAAGACCGUGCGUAUCUUCCUCUCGCGGACCGGCGCCAACACCAAGGGCGCCAACAACGUCGGCGUCAACGACGUCGAGAACCCCGUCGGCCAGUACGACGACUCGAUCCUCAAGCUCGUGGACAAGCUCAUUCGCGACUGCUACGACCGCAACAUGAAGCUCAUCAUUGCAUUCCACGACCGUUGGUCGCUCGGGUGCUGGGACACGGACGCGUAUGUGACCAAGUACAACCUGCCGACGACGACGAGUUGCCAGCAGCACGCCAACAUCGCCAACGACUUUUACACGCGCGGUGACGCCCAGGCCGACUUUGACAAGCGCAUCCAGCACAUCUUGGCGCACCGCAAUCCGUACUUCAACAACCGUCCGUGGAGCGAGCUCUCGGAGGCCAUUUUGGGGUUUGAGCCGCAGAACGAGUCGCAGGGCGGUCUUGAGAGCGGCACCGCGAUGCCCAAUCCGCAGUGGCUCUGCAACCGCGCCAAGACGAUCCGGAACGCCGUGUCCAACCGCAAGAUCCUCGUCAUGUCGGGCGGCGGCACCAACUACGGCGUGUCGCAGCUCUCCGAGUACUUUCGCUGCCCGGCGCUCGACGUGGUCGCGAUCCACUCGUACGAAGGCGCGAACGCCGACAAGCUCAAGGCUGCCGUGCAGCUCGCCAACGUGCACAAGAAGCGCGUCCUCUUUGAAGAGUUUGGCGCCUCGGGAAGCAACAAGGCCAGCGGCCUCGCGGCGUACACGGCCGCGGCCAACGCGGCGGGCGUGCCGUGGAUGGUGUGGCAGGUGCUCAAGCCGAGCAACCACGGCGACUUUGAAACGUGGACGGACGAGAAGGACGCGUGGGCCGCGCUCACGAAUGCGGCGCGCCAAUCGAACGCGCGCAAGGGGGCGUGGUCGUGGCCCGAACUCAACAAGUAGGAUGGCUGUGGAGCACUCUUCCUAAUCAAAAUUUUGCCGAGCUCUUAUACCAUG